GGCAACCGCGUCGCCACGGUAAUCGCGUCGCCACGGCAACCGAGUAAACCGCCUGGUCACGUGGCCCGGAACCGCCUCUCGCCCUUGACCCAAGUACACACGUGUUCGACCCGUGCGCCGACAUGGAUGUGUUGAAAGAUUGGAACUGGGCCAAGGUUCUUGGAGUGACGGGUGGCGUGGCGCUCAUCGGCUACCUGGGCUAUAAGGGCUACAAGUGUUGCCACGCAAAGUCAGGUGGCUGCUGCUCUGGCAAGGAGUGCCAGGCGAACCCGGGACUGGACAAGGACAACCCCAAGGUGGUUCACGCCAUUGAUGUGGAAGACCUCGGCGAGAAGGCUGCCUUCUGCCGCUGCUGGCGCUCCAAAAAGUUCCCGUACUGUGACGGCGCGCACGCCAAGCACAAUGAGACGACGGGAGACAACGUCGGACCGCUCAUCAUCAACAACAAGAAGAGCUCUGAAUGAGACGUCCCAAGAUCCACUGCAGCUGGGCACGAGUGGUCCACCCUGGGAAGAGUUUGGUUAUUCAUCUGGGUUUAUUUUGGUGUAAUAAACAUUUUUUGGGUUAAAUGUCAGAUAUUUGGUGUUUAAAAGGUGCUGCCACUGAUUAUUUUAUCUGCCAAUUAAAUAUACUGUAUGUGUUGCGUACAAGGUGUGGACAGGAUGGUGAAAGAGGAAUAUUAAAGAUAAUUCUUUAUACGUAUACAGAAUUCAUUUAUUGUUGCAUUUCCAAGUGCACAUAUAUACGUAUAGGACUUAAUCCUGCCUUCAGUAACAUGAUUGCCUUUUAGACAGAAACCAGCUAUUUUUGGAAAAAAAAUAUUCUUGGCGGAAACAAAAUCAUCACUGAUAUGUGCAAUUCCGAAUAUGUGAAAUUAACAGAAUACAAUUAUAUUUUAUCAUCCCGUUUUCUGGAACAGGCUGUGCAAAAAUAACCUGUGGCAAAACGAAAGCAAGCAUUUCAUGUUUCAAAUGCCAUUCAUUUUUUUUGUGGGAAUGCACUAAAUUGAUUUGAAAUUACAAGUCACAUAGCCUUAACUUGUAAUUGCUGCAGAGCAAAAAUAAACUUUAAAUCGAAAUUUAAUCCAUGACCUCAAAAACGCUUUCUGGUAGAUAUGUAAAUGUAUAAGGGUAUUUUCGAUUGAAUUGCAAUGCUCUGUGUUGAUUAUUAAUAAUAAAAAAAAUGCAUCGCAAUGGGGUUUUCAAAA